AUAAGUCAAAGAUGUCGGAGUCGUUGGUCAUCAGGUUUCAGUACGAGCUUUCCAGUGUCAUGGAGACCGUUUUCAAGACAGCCAUACAUGAAAUAACCGAUUUGGUCAAGAAUGUCCUGAUCGAAGAGAUGGUGCGCAGCCAGUUGGAAGUGAAGACACUAAAGCGAGAGCUUCAAGUCAGGAACCAGUGCUCCCAGUGCGCCGCUAGACGGUCCUCUCACGACAUAGGAACCGACGAGGCGUACGUACACACGGGAGGCCACAACAACGUGGAGGAACCGAGGAACUCGGCGGACCGUGUCGCGCGACAGAGGAGUCGCCAGUCCCACAGCACGGCCCAGGACUGUGCAUUUGCCUUGAGAGAGGAAACUCUCCCAGGAGGACGCAGGAACAGUGUCUCACAGGUGGAUGUAAGCGGCGUCGAUCACGACGCAGACGUUAAAGUGUUUGAGGGCGCAUAUGUGGCGGACGACAGCACGGCCCAGUCGGUGUCAACGCUGCCGGAGGACGAGGAGUACGCAAGGGACUUCGAGGAUCCAAGCAUCAAGUUGGAAAGCGACCUAGACACUUAUCCCAUUAAAGAGGAAGGAAUGGUCACACCUACGUGGUGCCACCAAGAAGGGUCGUCAUUUCAAGACUCCAGAGGACUGUGGGAAAGGGUGGAAAAGCAGAUUGGACCAAAAGUCUCUUCCAGAUGUACCAUGGAAGACAAAGGAGUGACGUGUUGCAGAACCCGAAAGAACACGUUCAGCGUUGUGGCGAAAGAAGUGCUUAAACAGUUUCACGUCUGGCAAAACGCUUCCUACAGCAGACACAUAGAGUGGGGUCCAAUAACAGCGAAGAUUGUCUCUGCGUUGCCUCAUUUAUCUGGAAGGAGGGCGGAUGUCAUUGUGCGCUGCAAUAAAAUGCUGCAAAACCGAAGGGAUUACCUUCGACGAAGGGCCAAGGAAGCGUCUCUGAUGGAAAGUCAUUUACAAGCCUCACUGUUUGAUGGAUCUGCUGAAGUAGAUGAAACACACGGGAUGCCAAUGACGCCAGCAGAGGACAUACAGCGAGAAUCUCCCCCGUUAGACGCCAUCGCGUGUCCCAGAGACGGCUUGGAUCAGAACGAUAAUAAUUUUCUGUCUGUGCCUGACACUCAAGAAACAAGUGGUAGUCCAAGUUCAAGCAGACUGUCUCCUCUACUGAGCGCCAAGACUAGUUCAGAAGGGAUGUCCCAAACUUCAUUUGAACAGCCAAUGAGUUUGUAA